AUGACCAGAACCAACAAGUGGACCGUCCACGAAAAGGCCUCCGAACCCAAGUGGUUCACCAAGUCCGGCCACGGCGACACCGACCCCACCAAGAUCAAGAAGGACGGCGCCGGCAACUUCAACUGGGGCCGCCCCGGCGACGAGUUGGACGACGCCGACUACGCCAAGGUCAACCGCAUCGGCCGCAGAAACUCCAAUCACGAGUCCAACAUGGAGCGGAUGAACGCCCUUGAAGAUGCCUGCGAACGCGAGAUUGCCCUUUAG